GACGAAGACUCUGUUGAUGCUCCUAAACGCCAUGCAGAAUUUAAUCUAAAAGUAAAUAAUAGAAAAGGGACCAAGCUAGUGGCUACUGAUGAAGAUAGUGACUAUUACGAAGAUUUUUACGACGAUGAAGAUGAAAUUUCGGAUUACCAUUCGUCGGAAGAUUCAAAAAGCAGUAAAUCACUUCGUUACUCACGUUCAGCAAAAAGAAAAAAAUCUAAUAAAUUCUCAUUUGGAAAGAAAAAUAAUUACUGGGAAGAUGGGGAGAGGGGUGUAUGUAGAGAAAAUCAAUCACGUUAUUACACUCGAAAUAUCAAAGUCAAAAGUUACGCCGAAAGCGAAGUUGAAUCUCUUUCUGAAUAUACUGAAAAAGAACAGGAUAGUGCUACUUCUGAUGCUAAUGAAACGCAGAGCAACCAACUUUUAAUUGAAAAAAUUUGCGAACAUAAGAUUUUGAAAGAGUUGUUGGAGAGUAAUGAAUUAAAUUCAGAAGAUUAUAAGGGCGUUGAUUUAGAAACUGUUUAUUAUAAGAUCAAAUGGCUUGGCCAGUCUCAUAUCCACAACACGUGGGAGUCAGAAGAAGAUCUCGGUCAUAAGCUAGUGAAACUCGGUAAAUUACUGAACUACAAAAAACUUGUUGCUGAGCGCGACUAUUGCAUUCGCAACGUAUGGUCUAAAGAAGAUUGCGAAUUCAAUGCUAUUCAGAGGGAAAUGACUCAACAAGUUUUGAAGUCCCAUUUAAAAGUUGAGAGAAUCAUUAACUAUAAAGAAAGCAUUUCGGAAGAAACUGGAGAAAUACUUCCCUUUUACUUUUGCAAGUGGCUCGGCCUUCCGUACGCCGAUUGCACGUGGGAAAGUGUUGAAGAUCUUAAAAAUUUUCAGCAUUUGAUUGACGAAUAUUUAGAUCGAACGAACUCUCGGCGACUUCCGAACUUUAUGUGUCCCGUAUUGAGAAGGCGCCCAUUUGCUCGGGAAAUAACGAAACAGCCAUCUUUUAUUGGGUCUGCUAAGCUUCUAUUGAGAGACUAUCAGCUAUUGGGCCUCAAUUUUCUUCAUACUGCUUGGUGCCAUUCUUCCAACGUGAUUCUGGCGGAUGAAAUGGGGCUCGGCAAGACUAUCCAAUGUGUUUCUUUUUUGGGUUAUUUACAGUACCAGUAUAACCUAAAUGGGCCCUUUCUGGUCAUCGUUCCGCUGUCCACUAUUGUUGGCUGGCAGAGAGAAUUCAAAGCUUGGGUUCCCCAAUUAAACUGCGUUACAUAUGUUGGGGAUAGGCAAUCGCGUGAAAUUAUUAGAGAACACGAAUUUUACACGGAAAACGGGAAGCUCAAGUUUAACGCGUUGCUGACUACUUAUGAACUUGUCGUAAAAGAUGUGAAUCUUUUGUGCCGUAUCCAAUGGGCUGCGAUGAUUGUGGAUGAAGCUCAUCGACUAAAGAACCAUCUUAGUCAACUUCACACUUUUCUUAGCGACUUUCACACCAACUUCAUUAUUUUAGUGACAGGAACUCCUCUUCAGAAUUCUCUUAUGGAAUUGUGGGCCCUUUUAAGGUUUAUUAUGCCCAAAAAGUUUGGUAGUUGGGAAGAUUUUCAAGGAAAAUAUGGAUCCGAGCUUAAUAAAACCUCUCAAAUUUCUGAACUUCAUAAUGAUUUGAGACCUUAUUUACUUCGAAGAGUCAAAAAAGAUGUAGAGAAGUCUCUCCCCAACAAAGUGGAACGAAUAUUGAGAGUCGAGCUUUCGAGCUUGCAAAGGGAGCUUUACCGGCUCAUAUUGUGUCGCAACUACGCGGCUUUGAGCUCAAAAGGGCAGAAGAAAUCUUUCUCUAAUAUAAUUGUUGAACUUAAAAAAUGUUGCAACCAUCCUUUUCUUGUUCAGGAACACGAAACCACCAAUGAAGCGGACCGGUUAAAGGAAAUAGUGAAGAAUAGCGGAAAGCUUGUUUUGUUGGACAAACUUUUACUCCGUUUAAAGGAAACUGGUCAUCGCGUUCUUAUCUUUUCGCAAAUGGUGCGGAUGCUCGAUAUUUUGGCAGACUAUCUGACCCUGCGAGGUUUUACCUUUCAGCGACUGGACGGAUGCAUUCGCAACGAGCAACGGGAAAGAGCGCUUGAUCACUUCAACCGGCCCAAUUCGGAUGACUUUUGCUUUCUUUUAUCCACUAAAGCGGGUGGUUUGGGUAUUAACUUGGCCACUGCCGAUACUGUCAUUAUAUUUGAUUCGGAUUGGAAUCCCCAGAAUGAUUUGCAGGCUGAAGCGCGGGCUCACCGUAUUGGCCAAAAAAACGUCGUUAAUAUUUACAGGCUUUUAAGCAAAGAGUCGGUCGAAGAAGAGAUUUUCGAAAGGGCCAAGAAAAAGCUCAUUUUAGACCACGUGGUAAUACAGCGAAUGGACGCCUCAGGGCGAACCAUAUUAUCCAAUAAAAGAAAAGACAAAAUUCCCUUUGAUAAAGAUGAGAUGAAUUCCAUUUUAAAAUUCGGCGCCGAGAAGCUUUUUAGUGAAGAGGAAGAUAAAAAAGCCACGAAAAACUUGGAGGAACUUGAUAUCGACGAAAUUUUGCAAAGGGCGGAGACCACGCAGGACUGCAUCGAAAAAACUGCUGGAGAGCACUUUUUAUCCCAGUUCAACGUGGCGGACUUUUCCACGCGGGAGCUCGAGAAGAAUUGGGAUGAAAUUAUUCCCGAAAGUGUUAUUCAGAAAACUCAAGCGGACCACUACGAUUCCGAAUUUAUGGCUGUAUACUGUUUGGGCCCCCGAAAAGUCAAGUCUGUAGAGCGGUUAGCCGGAAGAUCGGACGACGCCGCGGAGGGUAGGAUUUUAAAGAGAAAAACAUUAGAGAAAAAAUCGCAAACUUUAGUGAAUAGCGGAAGCGAUUUUACUGAAUCGGAAAUAAAACGGUUUAUUAGAGCCUCUCGUAAGUUCGGGAACGUUUCGGUGAGGCUCGAUGACAUCUCUGAAGAAGCCGGUCUGCUUCACAAGCAUCCUUUGAGCUUACAGCAACUUUCUGAGGGACUCAGAACUGGCACAUUGAAGGCUAUCAAAAAAUUUAAUCAAUACGAUGAAGUGGGGAAGAACAAAAAUUUUAGUGACGACAAAAGUUUUUCCAAAAAACAGAAAAAUUUUGCUUCUUUUUAUAUGGGAAGUGCUCUCGUCAACGCUUCCGAACAGCGCCAAAGAGAGGAGGAUAUGGAUAUCUUAGCGAGCUGUAUUUCUUCUACUCAUUCCAUAAACUUUAGAUUACCCGCUUCAUUAAAAGCUACCGAGCGGUGGGACUGUGACUGGAAAAAUAAGGACGACUCUUUCUUACUGCUGGGAACUUAUAUUUAUGGAUUGGGGAAUUGGGAGGCUAUUAAAAAAGAUUCACUAUUUCAUUUGAACAAAAUAUUACCUGGUGAUGGCGGCAUGCCUCAAGCCACUCAUCUUUUUAACAGAUGUGUUAUGUUAUUCAAAUAUCUUCGGCAAAAAAAACAAGCCAAUAGUCUUUUGCAAGCACGAAAAAAGAUCCCCAAACUUCGUAAAACAUCUCCCUGCAAGGAUGUUGACACGUGCGCUCUCGAGCAAGCUGCACCUACCAACGAACUAUCGAAAGACUCUUUGCAUUAUUGCAAAUCCCGUUUGCGCUCGCAUAAAGCCACGCUAAGGUCACUUUCUAAACUGAAGCAAAAUGUUAUAAAGUACAAUUUGACGAGAGAAAAAGCGAAUGAAAAGUUUAAACAGUAUAUACUCGAGCUUGGCGACCAUAUUGAAUCCGUUUUAGCAAAGGAAAGUCCUUUAGAAAGUGAUCUUCAUCGCAGAGUUUUAUGGGAUUUUAUUGCCACCAAGUUUAUAUCAUUUUCUUCGGUAAGCGAGGAAAAACUCAUUAAAGUUUAUACUAAAGCGAAGCUAAAAAGGACCAAUGAAGAAGAAAAAUUAAAGCUCAACUAAUCAGAACUAACGGCGCGCUACCGGCCCGUCUUUGGUAAAUAUAAAGUACCAAAUAGGAAGUGCGGCCCAUUUUUUUUGCUCACAACACAACCAGCUCUGGAAGCAAUUGUUGACAG